UUAGUGUACACACGUGUCGCGUGCGUGCUUUAGGGUUACCGUACGAUCAGUUACUUUUUGUUAAAAUAAUUUCGUCAAACUAGACUGAAGUAGGAAAAAUAAUUGAGUUUCAUCGUACUCUUUGAACAAUGGCGAAAUUAAGGAAACCGAAGAUCAGUAAAGUUAAAAGAAACAAUCAUAUGAAGACCAAACUAUCGAAGCAAGGAAAACUGAAGAGUAAACGUCACACACCAAAGAAGCAAUCUCAGAAACCACCAGCAUCACAUCCGGAACCAGUGGAACAGGAAGAGAGUGAUCACGGAGAAGAUUUACUGGAUAUGGUUGAAGAAGACGACCUGACAUUUUUACGGAAAUCAAUAUCCAACAAGUCUUAUAAUCUACUGAAUGAAAUUCAUCUAAAUAGGUCUGGUAAGGAACAAAGUGGAAGAAAAAGGAAGAAGACUGAAAAUAGCCAACCGAUAGAAGAAUUAUUCGAGAAUAAUAUUUCCAAAAUCGAGAAAGACGAUGCUGGAAAGUCGGUUCGAAUGUUGCUACCUGUAAAGACAAAGAAUGGACUCAUAGAGAGUCGUAUUGUCGAAGAAGAAAAUGAGGCAAAUGAGGAUAACGAAGAUAAUGAGAUUACGAGUAACAAUGAGGAAGAGAGCAGAGAGAGUGAUAAAGAGGGCAACAGUGACAUGGAAAUGGAGAUAAACGAACAUGAUAACCUGGAAGUAACGAAUAAACCGGUAUCCACUGUUAAACUGCUGGCGUGUCGUGAGGAGCUACUGAAGUCGAAACGUUUCAAGAUAGGUGUGCUCUCAAGCGGCAUCUUGGAAGAUCCAGAGCGUAAAAUCGGCAAUUUCAAGAUGCUGUUGGAUUUCAUGGACGAGAGAAGUCCAGAGAUUCACAUCACUGUGAGAAAACUGGCGAUGGUAUCUCUCUUGGAAAUAUUCAAAGAUGUGCUGCCAUCCUAUAACAUCCUACAAAUUCCUCAGGAGGGAGUCAAGUUCAAGAAGGAGACUCUCGCUCUACAGAAUUACGAGGCCACGUUGUUAAGAAAUUACAAGAGCUAUCUGCAGAGACUCGAGAGGAUGUCGAAGGUCCUGAGAAGGAGGAGAGGGGACACGCGACCGGUGAACGAACGGGAAGCGCAGCUGGGAGAGAUAUCCUUGUCUUGCAUGUGCGAGCUUCUCUCUGUCCAUCCGUACUUCAACUUCUCCAUUAACAUAGCGAACUACGUCCUCCCCUUCUUGGACAACAAACGCAGUAGCGUGCGAGAAAGAGUGGUGCAGUGCAUCUCUCAGAUAUUCAAGGAGGAUAAGCGCGGCGAACUGUCUCUCACAAUAGUCCGGAAAUUGAAUCAAUACAUCAAGGCUAAGAGACACUCGGUCUACCCUGAAGUAAUAACGGUGUUGCUGUCCCUUCGCAUAAAAGACGUGAAUCUGGACAAGGAGAAGGAAGAGGAGACGAAGCAAAGAAAGCUCAUGUCUCACAAACAAAGGAUCCUCGCGUUGAGCAGACGGGAGAGGAAGAAGGGCAAGAAGCUGCAGGAGGUGGAGAAGGAGUUGCUCGAGACGAAGGCCGAGGAGAACAAGCAGGCGAAACAGAAGAUGCUCACGGAAAUAACGAGCGUGGUGUUCACGAUAUAUUUCAGGAUCUUGAAACAAGCCCCCAGUGGCAAAGUAUUGUCCGCAUGCUUGGAAGGAUUGGCCAAAUUCGCCCACUGCAUCAAUAUAGAUUUCUAUCAGGACUUAGUGGGCGCUAUAGAUAGAUUAAUAGAAGAGGGUAACCUGGGAUUGAGGGAACAACUACAUUGUGUUCAAUGUAUAUUUACAAUCUUAUCUGGUCAAGGUACAGCGCUGAAUAUCGACCCGUGUAGGUUUUACGCGCAUCUGUAUAAAAAUUUGUUGAACGUCCACUGCGGGCGAACGCACGCGGAAAGUGAGAUUGUACUGAAGACGUUGAUACAAAUUCUCAUUCAUCAGAGGAGGAAGAUCACGCAGGCCCGCGUGGUGGCCUUCGUGAAGAGGAUAAGCACGUGGGCCCUACAGUCGCAGCACAACGCGACGCUGGGGACACUCGGUGUCGUCAAACAAGUCAUGCAACUCGGGAAAGCGGCGCACGGCCUACUGGACACCGAAUGCACCGGAGACGGUCAAUAUCAGCCCGAGAUCUUCGAGCCCGACUAUUGCAACGCGCACUGCACCGCGCUCUGGGAAAUAGUUGCGUUACAGGUACACAUCUUAUUCGAACGUGCUCGACUUGCUUCUUGCGCUGCUUCUCCUUCUCUGUUCGCCACACCAUACGUAAUCGAAAGAGAUAAUAAAAUAAUACACAAUACUCUUAUACAGCGUCACUAUCACAGUGUGGUACAACAAUUCGCUAAGAAUAUAGCAUACGAGGUACCUACGAGUGGUGAGGGUAGUCUGCCUACCGAGAUUGCAAAACUAGCACCGGACGAACUUUACACGAAUUACGACCCUGCGGGUGUAGCAUUUAAACCUAGCGUACCUGUGCCCAACAGGAAAACGGUCAAGAAAGCAUCGAUAAAUAAUAGUAGUACGAGCAGUAACUUAGACCAAUAUCUCAAUGCCGUUAACGUUGAAGAUCUGUUUGUAGGCGAACAUGUAGACUUUUACAAAGCCUAUAAAAGUAAUUUGUAAAAUGUUAUAAAAGAUGGAAUAUAUAUAUAUAUAUUUUUUUUUUGUGUUGU